UUUGCUAUCUAAUAUCUAUACAUUAUCUAUAGUACACAAUUUAUCAUUGGCAGUCAUUGGCAAAAAUCAUCGGCGAAAACCUAAUAGAGCCAUAGUUUAUAAAGAAGUUUAUAGGUAUUCAUAAAAAAACAUAGAAGAAAUAGAACAAUAAAAUAUAAACUUAAAAAUGAAUAACAUCUAUAAAUUGAAACUCACUGCUCUUGGCCAUCCGAACCCGACGGGUUUUAACGCAGAAGAUGAAAAGGAAUAUAGAAGCGUCGUCCUUUGGCUAGAAGAUCAAAAAAUUAGGCAUUACAAAAUUGAGGAAAGGGAGGGCUUAAGGGAUAUUGAAUCAGAAAAAUGGAGUGAAGCCUAUAAUACAUAUCAAAGGGAUUUAGUUAGUCCAGUAGUUGAAGGAUCGCUACACGAACAGUUAAAUUGGUUAUUGUCAUAUGCAGUCAGAUUAGAAUAUGCCGAUAAUGUUACGAAAUAUAAAAAUGUAAAAGUGGAACAACCAAAGAAGUCUGCUCCAAAUGUUGUAUCUUCAAACCCAUUGGAUAAUUUGGACUUUGACAGUCCUGCAUUUAAAGCUGGUGUUGAAAGAAUUUGUGCCCUAACUGGAGUGGGACCUCAUCCUGAUCCAAAGGUCCGGUUAUCUGCCGUUGCCAAGAUAUUAAAGACUAGUCCCCAUCCUGACUUCCCAAAAAAUGAAAUGAACAUGGUACAACAACCAGUUGAUGUAUUAGAGCUUCUCUUUAUACAAGAUUUACGAGAAUUGCAAACUAAAAUCAAUGAAGCUUUAGUAGCUGUUCAAACAGUCACUGCUGAUCCACGUACAGAUACUACUUUGGGCAGGGUCGGAAGAUAAUUGGAUACUGUUUAGUUUUUAAUCUCAUGUAUUUGAAAUAUCAAAUUGAAAGUUUUGGUAAAACAGAUUUUUGUGUUUACUCAAAUCUAUAAAAACAGUAAUGCAUUGUAACACUACUGAAAAUAAAAAAAUAAAGUACUCGCUGACUGAUAAAUUUAUUAUUAUUUAUGUAAUAAGCUAUUCUAAAUUGUAGUAUAUCAGCUGUCAUUUAAGAUAAAUAAAAUUAUUUUAUGAGUUUUA